AUGAGCCGCGGGCCUCGGAUGCGUCGCCGAGCAGCCGCCCGGCCGCCCCGCCGCGCCCCCCCGCGCCAGCCCGACAAGCCCUGCGCCGACGGCGAGCGGGCCCAGCGCUGGCGCCUCUCGCUGGCCUCGCUGCUCUUCUUCGCCGCGCUGCUCUCCGACCAUCUGUGGCUCUGCGCCGCCGCCAAGCUGCGCUCCAAGGACCGGGGCCCGGCCCCGCCGCCCGCGCCCUGGGCGGCCUGGCGGGCCCACAACCGCAGCGGGCCCGCCGCCCUCUGCCCCGCCGCCGCCGCCGCCGCCGGCCGCCCGGCGCUGAGCCUGGCCUGCGCCCGAGGCCGCUUCUGGCCGGGCCCGCCGGACGCCGCGCCCCCCGUGCCUCUGCGGCCCUCCGCCGCCGCCGCCCAAGCCGCGCUCCUGGAGAGACACUUCGCGAACUUCAGCCUCCCCUUUUGUGAGACUUACUCCAUCUGGGACCUGCUGCUGGGCAUGGCCGGCCCGGAGAGCCUGGACUGCAGCCUGGACAGCCUCCUGGUGGACUUUCUCGCCGCCGCCGCCUCUGGAGCCCAGCGCGGAGAGGCCUGUAGCAGCUGCCUGGAGGCUUACCAGAGGUUGGACCAACACGCUCAGGAAAAAUACGAGGAGUUCGACCUCUUGCUGGAGAAAUAUUUGCAAGCCGAAGACUAUUCCGUGCGCUCCUGCAUAAGAGACUGCAAGGCUGUCUACAAGGCUUGGCUGUGCUCUGAAUAUUUCAAUGUGACACAGCUUCAGUGCCAACACCGGAUUCCAUGCAAGCAAUACUGCCUGGAGGUGCAGACUAGGUGCCCCUUUGUGUUGCCUGAUAAUGAUGAACUGAUCUAUGGAGGGUUGCCUGGAUUCAUAUGUACGGGGUUGUUAGAGAACCAAUUUCCCAACGCAGAAGCCAAGUGCUGUGAUGUGCAGUGGGACUCCUGUGAUCGCCAGCCAGACAGCAACUCCAAUGCAUCCACCAAAUCCACGGAGUCAGAGUCAUUCCAUAAGCAACAUCAUGACACUUCCCCUCACCAGCAGCAGCAUCACUACCAUCUCUAUUACCAUCACCACCAGUACCAUCACCCCCACCCGUCACUGCUGCCCGUUUCCGCAGGGUCUCGCCUCAGCAACAGCAAAAUCCGGCUGUGUGUCCUGGUCCUCAUGCUUCUCCACACCAUGGUGUCCUUCUCCACCGUGCACAGCAGUGGGGCCAUUGCCAGCGGGGGGCUGAGCUUGGAGGCCCUUCCCACCAUGGAUGAGAGCCUUACAAGAGACGAGUGAACAGAGGGGAAAGGAAAUCUCCAGGCAGAAUGCCUGCUCUUUCCCAUCCGGGGAGGGGGCACAUGCUAUUCCUCCAAUUGGAGGCACAGGAUUGGGGGUGAUGCACCCACGCUCACCCCACAUGGACCCCCCUCACAGAGCAGCCCAUCAUAGGUCUCCCCUGUGAUGAUGAGUCUUGAGAAGGGUUCAGUUUGUAACAGGCCUUAAGUUAACUGCUGUCAGCGUAAAGGUCUGGGAUGUAUUGCAAGCAGAUCCUGCAGAAAGAGAAGGGCAGAGGCGGAAGAGGUUUCAGACGGAGUACAAAUGUUAAUUCCUGCCUUGCUGAAACUGGAAAGUAACAACAAGUUGCAGGAAAGUACGAGCUCCUGCCCCUUCCAGGCCAAAAGGAAAUGAAAGACAGCUGAAUAUCUGGAUAUUUAUUUGAAUGGAACCUCAAAAAUCUUUUGGUGAUGUUUACGUUUCAUCUAUCACAUUUGUUACCAAAGUCUGGAAUGCAUAAUCUGAGUCUUCAAAUCAAAACUCCGUUAACGGCUGAAUGGCUACUAUGCAACAUGACCAAGAGAAUGUGUACGUGGGCUCGAUAAAAACACGAGGACCUUUGUCUGAGGAGCAACAUUGCUGCUUCUGAUGAUAUUAAGAAGUCAUUCAGGCAUGAGUUAGACCAAUGGCCAGUCGAACUCAUUUCUAGCUACCCUAUCUGGCAGUAUCUUCCCAGGUUCUCCUCCCAGCCCUGACAACUGAGAUCCUUCGAAUAGAGAUCUCUGGGGCUGAACUCGGUUCAUGCAAAGCAUGUGCUUUGCCACAUUCUGGCCUUUCUUUGUAUGGCUUCUCUUGUGUAGAUGCUGGAUGCAGAUGUCAUGUGUGGUUUUGAAUUAAGUUGACUUUGUGUUUGCAGGGCUUAGUCAUCAUCAUUCAGAUGUAGUAUUUCAAACCAUGUUUUGCAACAGGUGUGACGUGGAAAUGCAGCACAGUGAAACCGAAAGAAAGAUAAGGUCUUUAUUUACCUUUUUCUAAGUAUCCACUUCCUCUUUUCUGGUUACUUUCUUGAUAAAAAUACCAAAAAAAAAAUCCUCUCAAACCAACAUAAAUAUCAUAUGUAAAACUACAUAUAUUACAUCAGAAGUACAAAGUUGUUAUAAUUACCAACAGAUAAUUUAGCUAUCCCCCUAUAAUAAUUAAUAAGAGGAGGCUCAAAUGUAACGAGUAAUUAACAAAUAAUAGAAAAUAACUUGUUGAAUUUAUUAUAGUCCUAGAUUUCACAAUUCAAUAACAUCAUAAAAACGGGCCAUUUCUGAACAAACAAGUUCUCUCUAAUAAGCAGCCCGGUAGUUUGUACACUAUUGAUUUUGAUAUUGUACACUCUUGUCAUAUUUUAAAAGAAUUAUUCUGAUAUAGGGGGACCAAAAGUUGCUCCCACGUAGAGGUUUUGGUCCACAAACACACACAACUGCAGCAUGGUUGGGGUUUGUUUCUUGCUUCCCCUUGACAUCACCACGUGGUUGUCCUCGUUUUGUAUUUUUUCUGGCCUGGCUGCAUUUUCUCCCAAACCUGAAAAGAUCACACCAAAGCCCUCACAGGUAUUUCUGAUGCCCCCCCCACCCCUCUUACACCCACAGGCAUUUUGUUGACUUUUAAAGAUCAAUAGGAGGUAUACGGUUACAGCGUUAUAUAACUACAGCUAUUUACUUACUAGUGAUUUUUUAAAAGCUGGCAAAAAGUUUACCAGUGGUGGGCAGGGGGGAUUACAGAGGCAUUGUUGAAUACCCGUGUAUGGACCCUCCGCUGAUCACACUGAGAAUACAAUUGAAAGUUGUACCCGUGUGGAAGUGAUCCCAGGACCUUUUCUGCACAGAAAGGUGUUUUUUUUUUGGUCAGUUCUGGCCCCAUAAAGCUUAAUUUCAUCCCCUGAUUUCUGCACACAUUAUUUUUAGCCUUCAUUUUCAUUUCAGGAUUCUGUUUUCCCCAUUUCCCCCUGGUUAUUUUGAGACUACUUUUACCUCAAUUUUUUUUAAAAAAGCCAAUUGUGAGUUGCCCUUGUUCCUUGUGCAGAAUUUGGGUGUGUGUGUGUGUGUGUGUUUGUCCUGCCCAUUCCCAUCUACGUCCACUCUACUUUCUGAUAAUUGGCUGUUCACUAUAGUCAAACCUCCCUCCUUUCACCUUCCUUCCCCCUCCUGGUUUCAGUUUUUUAAUCAUCAAUCCCAUAAUGCUAUAAUGAUCUAACACUGUAAUAAUAGGUGGAGCAGGUUCUCUGAAGCCCCAGCUUUCAUUUUAAAAAAAGUAAGACUCUAGCCAGUUUGGUGUAGUGAUUAAGAGUGAUGGGACUCUAAUCUGGAGAGCCGGGUUUGAUUCCCCACUCCUCUGCUUGAAGCCCGCUGGCUGACCUUGAGUCAGUCACAGCUCUCUCAGAGCUCUCUCAGCCCCACCCACCUCACAGGGUUUUUGUUGUGAGGAUAAUAAUAACACACUUUGUAAACCGCUCUGAGUGAGUGUUAAGUUGUCCUGAAGGGCAGUAUAUAAGUUGAAUGUUGUUGUUAUAGCCCCUUCCUUGUGGAGGUAUAAGGAAAAAGGCAUAUCUCAGCAACAGAAAGGGCUAGGCAUUACUAUUACAUCUACUAUUUUCUAGACAUCUACUAUCACGAUGUUAGGUCGUUAUAACAUUAUGAAAUUGAUUUUUAACAAAAAAAAAAUUCCAAAGUCCUGUGAGAGGAGACUUAAGCAUGAGCUAAAAAGUAAAAAGGGGGGGGGUGUUGUGAUGCCCACCAAUGAGGCCACCAGUGAUGGCAGCCCCCUUGUGUGACCAUCCUGAUUAUUCAGGGCACAUGAGAAUGAAAACAAACCUACUCCACGGGUGUUUAAAUGCAGAGGGAGGGCAGGCUUACAGCAGAACGGUUCCCAACCCGAUUUCAGUGCUUGCUGAUUGAAUGUUAAUAAAAGUUGAGAGUGUGGGAAAAACCCCAGCCUUAUAGCCAUCAAUUGUAACUUUGGUGGUGGGUAGCUGAUUUUGAACAAUUUCCAAAUGCUUAUAUUUCACAGCUUUAUCCAAAUAGUUCAAUAAGACUUGUAAAGAAACAUUAGUGAUUUUAUAGCUGGUUUUACAAACAUACACACACACACACAAGCUCACAUCAGUACCAGAUUCCAAAAACACAAAAAUGUACACUAAAAUGACUGUAUAGCUCCCCACAUCACCAACAUCAUUUUCCAGUUUGUGUAUCAAUUUCAGCUCAUCAGUGGUAAGAUCCCAUUGAUAGUAUGAUUUUUAACCCAGCCUCUUGGAUACACGUGUGCAAAUGCAUUCCCAUAUUUCUGUAAGAUCCCAUUUCAAGAAUGCUGCAGUCCUGGUUUUUAAACUCCACAGUGGUGUGGAAUGGCAAGUGACACAAUACAUUAAUAAAAGUGAUUCUGCCUCUAGAAAAUUCCAUCAGCAAUUUGGAGUUCAUGGCAUGGCUCAGGGCAGAAGUUACUUUAGGUACAGCCAGCCGGGGAAUUUGAGUAUCAUCUGUAGAUACUGCCAUAUGUUUACAUCUGCUCUGAGAAUGGCAUUUGGGCACAGAAUACAGAUUUGUGUUGUAUUAAAUAAGAACCAUUUUUGAUCAUGAGCUCAGCAGGUGUUUUGCAGACAUCAUAAGAACCUGGCCCAGGCUUUGUUAUAAAAAAUCUGUAGGUAGCUCUGGGCGAACUGCUUACAGAACUGAAGCAUGGGGGAGCUGUAGGACCCAGCUAGGGUCAGCUAGCAAAGAUCCAGGAUGCCAUAGAGGUUAUCAUGGCACUGCAUUAUUUAAAAUGAAAUUGCAAUCAAGCCAUUGAGGAAUGCUGUAAAAACCAAACCCAUUGCUUAGCCUGGCAACGAUUAGGAGAGGUUUUCCACGUCUUUAUGAAAUGGAAUUCCAAGAGGUGCAGGAGUCUGUGGGCACAUGGAAGUUAGUGUGCAUGGAUCAUGACCCCGUGUGGAAUCUAGUGGACCCGGAACUGAGUCUGGACAGAUAUUUUUAGGUUGGGUAGCAUUCUUUUCAGUAGUUCAUUAAUAUGCAGAGAGAUUCUGUGACUAUUUAUUACAAAUAGAUGGUGUAAAUUGCUUUGGGCAAAGAAAACUAGUGUAUAAGACCAUCCUUACACCAUUUCUUAAAUGCUCUGAUGGUAUGUAAUCGAGCAUAUGAUUUUCUCAGCAAUAAGCACGUUCCCAUCCACACACCCUUGUCGCUGGAUAACACAGUUCCCUCUUUAUCGGGAAGUGUCAGCACUGGUCAGGGGCAAGCUCACUUGCCAUUUCGUUAGGACUGAAUUAUGCAUGCUAAGCAGGGGGACCUGCUCUGCCUCCCGUGUGUAGGAUCUUGUGGCGCUCGUGUUGCACAUGCAGAGCCCAGAAUAACACACCAUUCAUCCAUUCUAAAGAAGGAAUCUGUGACUCUCAAAGGCUUAGCUCCUGGAAAUCUUGUUGCUCUCUAAGGUGCCACUGGAAUCAAAUCCUGAUGUUCUUCUGCAGACCAACACGGCUGCCCCC